CCCGGUUCAGUCCUCCACCUCCACGCCACGCACGAACGCGCCAGGCACCACAUCGCCCGCCACCACUAAGCUCCGCUCCGCAGCUCCAUCCAAGAUCGACGCGACGAUGGGAUUCCCCGUGGGGUACUCGGAGAUGCUGCUCCCGCGCGUGCUGCUCCAGGUCCUGCUCCUCCUGGGGCACCUCCACCGCUUCCUCCUCUGGGCCUUCCACGCCGUGGGGCUCGGCGACCUCAUCGACCUCGGCUGCAACAAUUACCCGCUGCCAGCCUCCGCGGCGGCGGCGGUGCAGGAGCAGCCCGGGCGCGACGCGGUCCUCGCGCCGCUGCAGCACCGGCGGCCGGAGUUCAGGACCGUCCCGGCGGUGCACAUCGAGGAGGCGCUCCCCGUGGUGCGGUUCGAGGAGCUGGCCGGCACGGCCUGCGGUGGCGGCGACUGCGCGGUGUGCCUGAGCGGCAUCGGCGCCGGCGACGAGGUGCGGCGGCUCAGCAACUGCCGACACGCCUUCCACCGGGGCUGCCUCGACCACUGGAUGGCACACGACCAGCGCACCUGCCCGCUCUGCCGCGCGCCGCUCAUCCCCGGAGCCGCCGGCGCCGCCGCCGGGGACCCCUGGGGCGCCUCCGCCGCCGACUACGACAUGUCAUACCCGUCGUCCCUGCCGUCCACGCCGCUGCUGACGGUGCCCACCCCGACGCUGCUGCGGCCGCACGAGCUGCUGCUCAACGGCCUGGGCGGCUUCCAGUGAGCCGCUGCCCCUGCGCGCGUGGCUGGCAGGCCACGCGAAACCGUGGCGAGGCAAACCGCGUCCUCAUGUGCGGCCCACGCCGGCCGGUCGGUCAGAAGGGUGACCGCCGCCAAAGCUGCUCAACCACCACUCGAGUCUGCAGCAGUAGCAGUGGAGCACACGGUUGGCCUCGUGCCCCUCGGUCUUCGACGGCCUCGGCCGCCGGCGAAGGGCGAAACCAACGGCAAAGGAGCCCGCCCCGGUUUUUACAGCGGCUCCCCAAGGGGAUAGAAAAAAAAAGUACUAAAAAAAGAAGAGAAAAUUAGUAGGAAAUUAGUCAAGUAGAUUGUUGUGUAGCCCGAUUCCAUCUUCAAGUCCGCGGAGUUGCGAAUCUUUUUGCAGAUGAAAUCAAAUUUGCUUUACAAGAACUCCGGAUCCCGUGCAGUUCUUGCUCCAUUUGGACCCGUUUCGCCUCAAAUCAUUCGACCCAUUUGUCCGUGUCUAGCUGAAGACAAAUCUGGCUCGAUAUAAUCUAACCUGACGAGGAAAACAAAACCACUUCCUCGACUUUAUUUC